CAGGGAGGGGGAGUGUGUUGUCUGGAUGAACGCGGCUCUGAAGGUGAAGGAAAAUGCGGAUGCGGUCGCUAAUUUGGAUUCUGCACCUAAUGAACCUUUCAAGCUGCCAAGGUGGCACGGGUGCUCUGAGAUGGAAACGAAGCUCCUCUGUGAGCAGCGACUGUCAGGCAGGAUGUGCAACCUGCUCUGCUCUGAACGGCUGCCUGUCCUGCAAACCUCGCUUCUUCUUCCACCUGGAGCUGGACGGGAUCCGGCAGAGGGGGACGUGUCUGUCGUCAUGUCCUCGAGGUUACUUCGGCGCGCGCUCGCCGCUCAUCAGCACCUGUACCAAGUGCAAGGCAGACUGUGCCUCCUGCUUCAGCGAAAACUUCUGCACUCGUUGUCAUCCGGGCCGUUUCCUGCUCCGAGGCAAGUGCGAAAGCAGCUGUCCAAACGGGCUGACGGCAAACACGGCGCUGAGAGAAUGCACGGAGUGUCCUGCAGGCUGUGAGCAGUGUGUGAGGAGGAACAUGUGCACAAGGUGCAGGGCAGACUUAUACCACCUCCAUGGCCAGUGCCAUCACACCUGCCCCAACAACUUUGAGCCGUAUGUGCAGCUGAUGCAGUGCGUCCCUCGGAUUCACUGUCAGGUUGGACAAUGGACAAGUUGGGGUCCUUGUGUUCGGAAAAGGAGCACGGCUGUUCACAGGAGGGGGGAGGAAGCCCGCACUAGACGAGUCCUCCGUACCCCGAGCGUCUUUGGUGACCCCUGUCCUCGUCUGUCAGAGAUCAGGAAGUGUGGAAACAGAAAGAGACAGAGAACUAGGUUGUCGUGAACGUUGGCCCUUUUCUUGCACAAAAGUAUCGUCGAGCUAUUUUUAAAACGUGUGUCAGCCUGUCGGUUUUCAUUGAGUUUUGCAGCUAAUCUAACAGAUUAUCUUAUGCAACCAGUCAAGGAUGUUUAAGUUCGCUUUUUUCUGCAAAGUUUGGCCUCAUCUGAAUCUAAAGUGUUACAACGGCUUUCAUUGUUUUUAUUUUUAAAUCAUUUAUUUUGUUCAUUUUAUAUCUCACUGCAAUGUUUGAGGUGUUCAAAUGCAAACUUUUGAUUUAUCACAGUUCGAUAAAUCUCAAACCCUUAUAAUUUGCCACUUGUCUUUACAAAUAAUAUUUUUAAGAUUUAUGUUUCUAGCUAAAAGUAGCAAAUUGUCCCGCUACAAGAUGUUUGCUUGAAGAUGUUUACAAUCUAUACAUUUGUAAAUCUGUAAAUCCUUUUUGAACGCACUUCUAUUAGGUUUGCUCUGGGAAAGGGAUCCAAUUUCUUAUACUUUUAAUCAAGUCGGUUUGUUGUGAUUAUUUGUGAUAAAAUAAUGUGAAUAAAACUAACAAGAUCACG